CAGUGUUCAGAGAGCUACCCAGACGAGAACCAUGAAGCUGUGUCUGUUUCUGGCUGCGCUGGUAGCUCUGUCGGCCGCCGCCGAAGACAAGGAGGCUGACCAAGAGAUCCAGGCCAGCGGGUACUCUUCCGUUUUGGCAGGACACGGCAGGAACGGCUUCCGCAGAGGUCGCAGCUUCGGCGGCUACGACAACCGGGCCCUCGGCUACAACGGCAACUACGGCCAGAACUACAACAGCCGCUCCGGACGCGGUUACGGGCGCAGCUUGAACGGCUACGGAAACUACGGAUUGGGAUAUAAAGGAUAUGGUGGCUACUACGGCAACAGCGGCCUCGGCGGUUAUGGCGGAUACGGUCGUUCGUCAGCAGCCUACGGAGGCCGGUACGGCGGACGCAACGGAGCGUAUGACGGAUACUAUUGA